UCCUUUGUAAUUCAGUCUUUCCUCUAUCUCUCUCUUCCCCACUCAGAACUCUCUCUCUUCUAUAAAUCUCUUGCAAUUAUCUCAUUUCCUUUCUCUUUCCCAGUCAAAGCCCAUCUGCAAAUUAAUGGGAAAAGGUAGCCAAGAGAAGCUAAUGGAUCAGAUCUUUCAGCUGAAGCUCACCUCCAAAUCUCUAGUUCGCCAAGCCAAGAAAUGUGAGCUCGAUGAGAAAGCGGAGAAAGUGAAGAUAAAGAAAGCAAUUGAAAAGGGGAACACAGAUGGUGCUCGAAUCCAUGCUCAGACUGUGAUUAGGAAGAGAACAGAGCAACUCAACUACCUUCGCUUUGCCUCUCGACUCGAUGCCAUAGCCUCUCGUCUCUCUAGCCAGAAUCAGCUCCAAGGUCUUCAAAAACCAAUGGCGGCCAUUGUUAAAUCCCUUCAGGGGGCGUUGUCGGUAGGAAACAUGCAAAAGAUUUCUCUCACAAUGGACAUGUUCGAGAAGGUUUUCACAAACAUGGAGGUACAAGCAAGCUUCGUCGAAUCUUCGAUGGCAGGGACUUCCUCUCUCUCUACACCCGAAGGGGAGGUGGGUUCUCUCAUGCAACAAGUUGCAGAGGACUAUGGACUGGAGGUUGCUGUGGGGUUGCCUCAGGUGAUUGGGAAGUGUUCAGUGCCAUUGAAAGGAGGAAGCGAGAGAGUUACAGAGAAAGUAGGAAGCGAACGAGUUACAGAGGAGGAGCUGAGUAAGAGAUUGGAGAAUUUGAAGGCCAGAGGGUGAAGAAGUGGAGGUUGUGAUGAUUAGUGGUGGUCUUGUGGAUCUCCACGAGAUUGGAUUUUGGGUUUCUCUUAGACAUGGGUUUUGUGUUUUAACAGGGCAAGUCUCUCUCUCCAUUUUUGGUUGGCAUGGAAGUCUCUCUCUCCCUCUCGAGGAUUUGUGGUUGGCAUGGAAAUCACCACUCAGGUUAAAUAUUAUUAGUCUCCAGUUCUGUUAAUGUUCAUAUGGUUUCCUCUUUGUACUACUGUCUGUUGCAGCUCAAGUGCUUCAGUCAGUUCUCAUGUUAAAUAUUACCAGUCACUUUAAUAUUAUUGUGCAAAAUGCUGUGUGUGCUGA